AUGAUUUUCGUCAACCAGAACAUUGCGCUCUCCUACUACAUUGGUUGGACCUGGUUGGCCUGCAUCACCGCCCUCAUGGCUUACACGGCCGGCAUCACCUUUGUGCGCUACGUCCGUGGCGUCGCCUGUCUCAACCAGCCGGCUCAGCGUUACUUCCACACUCCCAACGACCUGUACGGCAAGUUCAAGCGUUAUCUGUUCGAUGCUCCUCUCCUCCGGACCCGUCACCACAAGGAGUUCAAGAUGUCCAAUGCCGUCAACGUCGGUACGCUUCCCGGUCGCCUGCAGAUGAUCUACCUGGUUGGAUACUUUGCUACCAACGUCGCCUUCUGCGUCCUCUGGAUCGACUGGUCCACCGAGACGGCCAUCUCCAAGGUUCUGCGCAACCGUACCGGUGUGCUUUGCGUCAUGAACAUGCUUCCGCUUUUCCUCCUGGCCGGUCGCAACAACCCCUUCAUCAAGCUUUGCGGUAUCUCUUUCGAUACCUUCAACCUCAUUCAUCGUUGGAUUGGCCGUAUUGUCAUCUUCGAGGCUCUUUGCCACACCCUGGCCUUCCUCUGCCCCAUGGUCUAUGAGAGUGGUUGGGCUGUCUUCGGUGCCGAGCUUGGUGAAAGCCAGUUCAUCCUGUGGGGUACUAUUGGUACUAUUUCCUUCUUGGUCAUCUUCAUCCAGGCUUGCUCCAUUGUGCGCCACGCCUUUUACGAGAUCUUCCUUCACUUCCACGUCUUCCUCGCCGCCCUUGGUCUCGCCGGUGUGUACGUUCACUGCCAGUCCGGCGAGCUUCCCCACCUCAAGAUCAUUCAAGCCGUCCUGGCUCUGUGGUGUCUUGAGCGCUUCGCUCGUCUGUUCCUGAUUGCCAUUCGCAACUUUGGCAAUGGCGGUACCCAGGCCGAGGUCGAGAUCCUUCCCGGUGACUGCCUUCGCAUCGACCUCAAGAUGGCUCGUCCCUUUAAGUUCAGGACUGGUCAGCACAUUUACCUGUACAUGCCUUCCAUUGGUUGGUGGACCAGCCACCCAUUUUCCCUUGCGUGGAGCGACAACGAGGAGGUCUGGAGUGAGGAGAAGGGCAUUGCCAUGGAUUCUCAUGAGGGAGCUGGUUCGCGCAAGUCGACCAUUAGCCUUCUCGUCCGCCGCCGUACUGGUUUCACCGACACUCUGUUCAAGAAGGCCCAGGCCACGCCCAACGGCAAAUUCACCUCUUCGGCUCUGGUCGAGGGUCCUUACGGCUACCAGGAUCUUACCUCUUACGGCACCGUCAUGCUCUUCGCCGCCGGUAUUGGCAUCACUCACCAGACGCCUCAUGUGCGCCACCUCGUCGAUGCCUAUGACAAGAAGACGGCUGCCAUUCGCCGCAUCACCCUCGUCUGGGUCAUCUCUUCGCCCGAGCACCUCGAGUGGAUCCGGCCCUGGAUGACUGAGAUUCUCAGCAUGCCGCAGCGUCGCGACUGCUUGAAGAUUCUCCUGUUCGUCACGCGCCCGCGCAGCACCAAGGAAAUCCACAGCCCCUCCAGCUCCGUCCAGAUGUUCCCUGGCAAGCCCAACAUUCAGUCUCUCGUCGACGCGGAGAUGAUGGAGGGUGUCGGUGCCGCGGCUGUCAGUGUCUGCGGUACGGGUUCCUUGGCUGACGACGUCCGCUUUGCGGUUCGUACCAGACAGACUCGUUGGAACGUUGAUUUCUUCGAGGAGGCCUUUUCCUGGUAA